AUGCUUUCCGUUUCACAACGUGCUGUAUAUAAACAGCAUUUGCUGAGAACAGCUAAACAUCCGCAAUUGCUAUCAGUUGCGUUUGCACACAUUCCACUUUCGUCACUUGUGUUCAUUAUCCUGAGAUGUACGGUACAAUUGCGUGUUUAUUUGCUAACGAAGGCGAAAAUCGCACCUUUUCGCGUCAUAAAAACAACGUUAUUAUUCGAUUUAAAUCAGCUUCGUCAAAAUGAAGUCGUUAUAGUGAGAAUCUGGGCCGGCCACGUUCAUUGGUGUGAUGGGGUUGUCUGGAACGAAUUUCAUACUAGGAAUAAAGAGUUCCAUUCAUGGUUAUCUUCACCCCCAUACUCCAAGCCCCAAAUGGACUCUGAUGGCACAUCUGUGAUUGGUUGGAGACCAUCUGCGCUGGCCCAGCUGCAUAGUCUUAGGCUAAUCUUGACAAUGAUAAUCCUGUUGAAAGCAUGGGGUUAA